AUGAUGGUCUGCACGAGUUGCUGUUUGCAUCAAGGGUCGAAGGGGUGUCGGAGUGAUGUCGUCGGGUCGGACCGCAUGAGAAUGGCGGCGUCGGUCCCGAUCGGGGAGGAGAGGCAGUACAACUUUCUGGGGAGCGAGUACUGCGCGGGGUACCGGGAUGCGUUCGGGGGGUGGACGGAGGGCUUCUACUGCCCGAAGCCGGAAUCGCAGCACGAGGUGUAUUGCUGCGGGGCGCCGAGUUACAAGUACUGCUGUGCGAGGAGGGACCAGCAUCUGCUGGAGGAGACGGACAUGUGGCGGGUUGUCGUGACGCUUGCAUCCCGAAAACGUGUAGGCGGAAGAGUGUACCGUCUGGAGAGCAGCAGCAUGACGAGCGGGAUGGCGAACAUGUACUCAGGGUCCGCGGGUCCCGGGACGCCAGUGACGGCAACGGGACACGUCCCCACGUCUCUCAUCCCCAUCCCCAUCCCCAUCCCCGCGUCGAGCGGGACCGCCAGCACCCUCCCGAGACAGGCCCCGCUCAACCGCACCUUCAGGCCCUCGGAUUCCUCCACGCUGCGUCGGGACCGCUCUCGCUCCCGAGACGACGAAGAGCCCGAGAAGGAAAGAAAGAAAGACAAAGCCGACGCGGAAGGAGACGAAGGAGAGGACGACGACGAGGAGGAGGAAGAGGAGGAGAGGCCGUUGGUCGAACCACCUGCUCCAUUCAACAAUCCCAGAAUCACUCCCAUUCAAACCACCGUCCCUUCUUCCACCGAUACGUCAACGACGAUGAGUUCAUUCUCGUCUGCCACUAUCGGGAGGCCCCGAAGCUUCGCGGGCCACCUCCAUCCCAAUCCCCAUCAUCAUCACUACCAGCAGCACCAUCACCACGAGUACCGCCAUCUGUCGGGGACGGCGACGCUGGGGCCCGGUCGACGGAGCCACAGCUCCACCUCCACCCACGUCCUCCCGCCUGAAGACGCUCUCUACAGAUCCACAAAGUUCUGA